AAAUGUUUCGUUUUCUGGUUAUUGCAUGCUGUUUGGCCGCCCCUGCCUUUGGUUAUUCGAGUGGUGCCCCUAAAGAGGCUUGCACAAACGGUUUGACACCUGAACAUCACGUGAAAGAACAAAGCUCACCGUCACCAUAUUCCGUUUCCACGGAGAGUGUUGUAAAGGCUGGCGAAAAACUCACUGUUACAUUGGGUGGUGGUGAAUUUUUGGGCUUCGCCAUCCAGGUGCAAGAUUCUAAUAAGAAACCAAUUGGUACCUUCAAAGUUGUGGAAUCGAAUAAAUCACAAUUGCUCACCUGUUCCAAGGCUGGUGACACCUUGACCCAUGUGAAAAUCGACAAGAAGAACAUUCCCAACACUUUGCAAUUCCAAUGGGUAGCCCCAGCCGACUACAAGGGCAAGGCAAAAUUGGUCGGUACUGUGGUCAAGAAUGGUGUCACAUUCUGGGUCUCCAAACUUCUUAAAGAAAUUGAAGUCCAAUAA